AUGGCCGCACUAGCACUGCCGAUAACUGCGCUCAGUGUGUUUCUGACGCGACAAGAACAACAGCGCGAGCAAGAGGGUGAGCGCAAGAAGCAAGAUAGCGAUGACUUUCUCACCAAGUACGGUAUGCGGGGGGGAGGCGGUGGAGGAGGAGAAGGUACGACCGCCACACCCAACACGCCCACCAUGCAGCACAAAUCGCCCAGCGACGACUGCGAUAUACUAAUGCUUGGCAGUGGCUGGAUAUCAAAUUUCGCCGUGCCUGUGCUUGUCAGCAAGGGGUAUACUCUGAGUGCGACGACGCGGCAACCGGUCCAAGGCGACACGUUUGAGAGGAUAGCAUUUGAUUAUGGAGGAGGUGAUGGAGACGAUGAAUCAGACACGACGCUCGAUGAUCAGAUUCGCGCUCUGCCCACAGCACGCACGGUCGUCAUAGUGUUCCCGCUGCGCGGCGCUAAGCGGAGUGCGCGGCUAGUGGACAGCUACACGCGACUGAAGGGAGCUGCUCAAUGGAUCCAGUUAGGCAGCACUGGUAUCUGGGGAAGUAGCGGCGUUGGCGAGACGGUGUGGAUCGAUCGCCAUUCUCCUCCUACGCCCACCAACGAGCGUUUCAUCGCUGAACAGGAACUCCUCUCCCUCUCAACGCCCUCCUCCCCGACUACCGUCCUCAACCUCGCCGGCCUCUAUGGACAGGAACGCAAGCCGUCUAAUUUUCUCAAGCGGUUGCAAGAUAAACUCGAGAUCAAGGGCAGUGUGCAUUUCAUUCAUGGCGUUGACGCCGCUCGAGCUAUUCUCCUCCUUCAUCAACACUUCACUCCUGGUCAGAGGUGGCUGCUCACUGACGGACGCGUGCACGAUUGGUGGGCUGUCGCUCUCGAUAAAGCUGAACCAGGCAGUGUCGCACGCGCUAAAGUUAACGCUUUAACUAAACUUCUCGGCAUCAAGGCCUUACCUCGCCCUGUUGCUCAUGUUGUCCCCGAUGACGUCAAUGACAGAUCGAGGAAACUCGUUAGAGCGUUGGAUAGCAGUCACUUCUGGCACCAUUUCGAUGAAGCCCCUUUGAGUGGUACAUUGUCCUAG